AUGAGUACGGGAGGAGACAAUACCCCACUGUGGGGCGGUCAACAAAUUAGUUAUCCACCGUCCGAUUCAUCUUGCCUCGCCAAUCUGAUGGACUCGUUGGCCCUAGACACUACGUUCCAGUCAUACACAGGAUGUGACUUUACUCUACCAGGCUAUAGUGAAAUAAUGCCUAGGUCGGAGUACCAAAUUCAAGGUGUUCCUCUCGAUGGCACAAUGGUAGAAAAUGCAUCGAUUUGUAACGCUCCGUAUCAGCAACAAGUUCAAGUGAUGUAUAGUGAUUUACAGAACUCCGUACUGUCUCCAGAUGGAAGUUGUUGCUCGGCAGUAACCGAUGAACUCGGCUGUAAUCCCACUUACCAAACAAUACCGAACCCGAUGAAUCUCGGUGAGGUAGACCAGCCAGCUGGUCAGAUUUCCGAUCGAACUAAAAUCACCAUCCUCGAGGACGUGCUUAUUACACCGGCCACAAAUCAACCGCCACAACAACAACACCAACAACCACAACAACAACAACCACAACAACAACAACAAAACCAAGUGGAUAAGAAACCCCGCAGACAGCGCCGAGAUGGGACGGAACCACCUAAGCGUAGACGGCCAACUGGCUGUUCCAACAGCGAGUUCAAGUGCGAAGAAUGUAACGCUUGGUACGUCAGUAAAUGCGGAUUGAGCCAGCAUACGAAGUGGAUUCAUGACUUGGAGCUGGACUUUCCCUGCGAAAAGUGUGGAAAAAACUUUUCAUCGGAAGAAAAGCUUACCACUCACCGAAAACGGCACAAUCAAGCGGACAAGCCGUACAAAUGCGAUCAGUGCACGCGUCAAUAUAUGCAUAAAAAUGAUUUAAAACGUCAUAAGUACAAGCACAGUAACAAUGCACCGUUCGCGUGCAACCAGUGCGACAAGCGUUUCAGUCGUAACGAUCAUCUGGCUCUUCAUCUGCGGACUCAUGAGCGACGUGCCAUUAGGUUAAUGCAGCAACGAACCAUUUACCGCGGCUAA